UAUUCGCGGAAGGCGGCCAACGGGUCAAAACGGAGCGGGACGCUUCUUGAGGGACUGGAUGACAAUAUAUGUAUACGUGUGUGUGUGUUUCCCUUCAAAAAAAGAUAGCGAAGUCUCUGAAUCAAAUAGAGGAGUCAGAGAGGGGUUUAAAGGAGUUUCUGAGGGAGGGGGAGGGGUGGACACGCAAAGACACGCUCAAGAUGGCGCCGGCGCCCGCUUUCCCCCGCCGCGAGCAACGCUAGCCGUGCGGGUGACGUCACCGCGCUUCUGGGCAUGAGCAGGUGGGAAGGGCAGGCUAAGUUCGGAGGAGAGGCAGAGCGCGAGAGUGGGGAGGUUGGCGCGCCCGGUGGUGGUGGUGCUGCUGCUGCUCCUCCUUCGGCGGAGGGAGGAGGAGGAGGAGGCUGAGCCUGAGCCGCCCUCUUUCCUGGCAUCUCCCUUCCCUCCUGGGCGAGCUGGGCCUGCUCCGCUUUCGCUCGCAGCGGAGCUGGAGGAGCAGAAGCAGCGGCAGCAGCAGCCUCUGCUGCUCCUGCCUGGGCUCCCGCCGCCAUGGCUGCCGAAGACGCCUCCAGCGCCUCUUUGCCCUGGUCCAUCAACAAGGAUGACUAUGAGCUGCAGGAGGUGAUCGGAAGUGGAGCCACAGCUGUCGUCCAAGCGGCCUAUUGUAGUCCGAAGAAAGAGAAGGUGGCAAUUAAGCGGAUCAACCUUGAGAAGUGUCAGACCAGCAUGGACGAGCUCUUGAAAGAAAUACAAGCUAUGAGUCAGUGCCAUCAUCCCAACAUCGUCUCCUACUAUACUUCCUUUGUAGUGAAAGAUGAGCUCUGGUUAGUGAUGAAGCUCCUUAGUGGAGGGUCUGUUCUGGAUGUUAUUAAGCACAUCGUGGCAAAAGGAGAACACAAGAACGGAGUCCUGGAUGAGCCUGUAAUAGCCACGAUCCUGAAGGAGGUUUUGGAAGGACUGGAAUACCUGCAUAAAAAUGGGCAAAUCCACAGGGAUGUGAAAGCUGGGAACAUUCUUCUGGGAGAAGAUGGCUCAGUCCAAAUUGCAGACUUCGGUGUUAGUGCUUUUUUAGCUACUGGUGGUGACAUUACCCGGAACAAAGUGAGAAAAACCUUUGUGGGCACUCCUUGUUGGAUGGCACCUGAAGUUAUGGAACAGGUCAGGGGCUAUGAUUUCAAGGCAGACAUCUGGAGUUUUGGAAUUACAGCCAUUGAAUUAGCCACAGGGGCAGCUCCUUACCACAAAUAUCCACCCAUGAAGGUCUUAAUGUUGACGUUACAAAAUGACCCGCCCUCGCUGGAGACAGGUGUGCAAGAUAAAGAGAUGUUGAAAAAGUAUGGGAAGUCUUUUCGGAAGAUGAUCUCAUCGUGUCUGCAAAAGGACCCAGAGAAAAGACCAACAGCAGCUGAACUUCUAAGACACAAAUUUUUCCAGAAAGCAAAGAAUAAAGAAUUUUUACAAGAGAAAAUACUACAGAGAGCUCCAACCAUCACCGAAAGAGCCAAAAAGGUCCGGAGAGUUCCCGGCUCCAGUGGGCGUCUCCAUAAGACAGAAGACGGUGGCUGGGAGUGGAGCGACGAUGAACUCGACGAAGAGAGUGAGGAAGGCAAAGCAGCCAUUUCACAGCUCAGGUCUCCCAGAGUGAAAGAAUCGUUACAGAAUUCUGAGCUCUUUCCAUCAGCUGAGCCCACAGGCCCUUUGCUCAAUGUCCCAGCCCAGGCGCCUGCUCAACUACCUCAGCCAACAGGACAAGCACUUGCACAGCCUUCUCCAGCUGCUCCCCCUCCAGCUUCUCAGGCACCCGCCGCAGCUCCUCCGGCAGCACAGGUAAGAAAAGCACACCUUUCUAUUUCAAAGCAGCUUAGGAAUUCAAAAAAAGAACUUAAUGACAUUCGGUUUGAAUUCACCCCAGGAAGAGAUACCGCUGAUGGGGUGUCACAAGAACUCAUCUCGGCUGGACUUGUGGAUGGCAGAGACUUAGUAAUAGUUGCCGCCAACUUACAAAAAAUUGUGGAAGAGCCCCAGGUGAACCGAUCGGUCACUUUCAAACUGGCGUCUGGUGUUGAAGGCUCUGAUAUCCCCGACGAUAGUAAGCUGAUUGGUUUUGCCCAGCUCAGCAUCAGCUAAAACAGCACUCUCCGAUGAUGGUCCCCGUGGAUGCAGCUUUCGAACGUUUCUCUCAGCCUAAAAGCAAAAUCACUACUGCCAAAGAACCAAACUACAGGCCCCUUUCUUAGAACCUUUAACCUUGUUGGUUUCCCGAGUAGAGUCACCGAGUCUCCCUGCGCCAAUCCCCGUCCCCCGUAUCCAUCCUCCCCCACCAUUAGAGACAAGUCGGAUCUUCGCCCACUCGCAUGCCGUUCUUGCGUUUCCUCCGUCUCGGAUGUCCAGGCCCCAUCCUUCCAUCGCCUGCAUGUUGGUAGUUUCAUUAAUUGCCUUAAUUAUUUAAGAAGAAAACAAACAAACAAGCAGAAAUACUACUGAGAGGACAAAAGAGGGGAUCCGCUACUCUUUUUAAUCGAUGGGUUUUGUCUGUUUGUUUGAUCGAUCGAUUCCUUGUGCUUUGUACUGACUCGCUUUUGUUGGGCCACCUUGUUUCGCUUUUGGGUCCACUGGAGGGUGUGGUUUAAAAGAAAGACAAGAAAGAACAGUAACAAGCAAGCAAUUAGAGCCUGUUGGCCGUCGGAGUGAAUUACUGUGCAAGAUGGAAGAGAGGGAGGUUUGGCAGCCAUGAAGGGGGCUUGUUUUAAGAGAACUAGGGUGUAGGAUAAAUAGCUUGGCCUCUCCCAAGACUAGCCUUAAUAUCCCCUCCCCACCUUUCCCAUCAGUGAAAAGAGUUAACACAUUUGGAAAGCAUCAGAGGGUGUUCUUAGGGGCUUUUUUUAAAAAUAUGCCAUUUGUAGUCCCACGGGAAUCCUGUUGGACCACUUCCUUGCCUGCUUUUAGGUUACCAUGCUGGACACGGUCCCUUUUGAAAUGCUGCCGGCGUCACUAGUUGGGCCUCCCCUUCUCAACGCUUUGCUGCUGAGCCGUUGGGUGAGAUUUUACUCGAUGGAUGAGACCGGUGCUGUACAAGGCUGUGGAUCAGUUUCUGCAGCUCAGAAAGAAGACGAGGUCCAAAAGAGACCAGGGGGCUUGCAGGCUGCAAACGAUAAGUUGCCCCCCUUCCUCAGUGGUGUUGUUUUCUCCCAUCUUAACUCUCUUCAGUCCAGGUACAUCUUUCUUCACCUGUCUGGCGUGGCUUUCACAACAGCUUUCGAGAUGGGACCUCUUGGGCUGAAAGGAGGUAAUGGUGGUGGUAGAGGCCUGAAGUUUCUCUUGGACAUGGGGAAAAUCCUCAGCAACCCAGAUUCCCCCCCCAACAAAAAAACCUUGAUGUCAGACAGACUUUCUCUGUUCCUGCAAAUCUGCCUUAUUCAACCCAUCCUUUGGGUUAACCUUGUGAGAACGGAGCCUUUAAAAUAUAGCUGCAAUAUACCCGUCAACCACGUUCAGAACUCCUUGAAAGGGUUGUGGGUCCUCACUGGGGAACCUUGGGUGUCAUAGGGCUCUGUAGCGUAAUCCGUAAACAGAAAUAUUAGCCGACUAACAGACUACAUUUCCGUGAUGCUUUUAGCAGCAUUCUAGACGAUACAUCUUUUCUCUCAUGGGACGGUCCCUGCAAACCAUUAAUCGAAGGGCGUCCCUUGUAGAAUACAGAGAGAGGCAAGACAACCUUUCAGGGUUUUUUUCUAGAUGUGGUUUAAAUCUGUAGGGUAGCUGUUUGGUUAGAUGAUCUGUAACCAUCCAUGAAGCCAGGUGUUCCUCAUACAUGAUUAUUACGAGCGAAAGUUAAUCAUCAUGGGGUCAGGCAGUUGAAAGUAAUUUAUGUAUGUGUUUUUUUUCCCCCCGGAGAGGAACCUUUUUCCGGCUCUGUUUUUAUUCUCCAAGAACAUUUCACGGAUGUAUUCAAGAUAAACGUGUGUGUCUUUUUUUUACUUUCUCUGCACCGACUGCCCUUGUUCUAUUUUUACAGCAAUAAAAAAAAAGGUUGCCGGUAGGUUCAUCCACAGCGACCGUAAGCUCUGGACAGUUCUGUCCCCUCUUGCUGCACUUAACUGCUUGGAAUUUGCAAAUUUAUUUUUUUAUGCUCUCAGCUCAAGCCUCAGAGGUUGAAUCCAGAUGAUGUAACUGACACCGAUAUAUCUCAUGUUUUAGGUUUGUUUUUUUUUUUAAAAAAAGAAAUUAAUAUCUGGUGGUGUGUGUUUUUUUCUUUUUGAAUUUCUAUACCUAUAAAUUAUACUUUUUAGUUUGAGAAAAAGAAACAUUUGUAAUGCAAUAUGUGAAUAAUAAAGUGGUAUUGGUUCUUCCCUCCC